UCAAGUCACAUGGAGCUACCAAGUCCAAGUUCUGCGUAUCGCCCGGCGUGGAAAGUUUGUGAAAGUAAAUGAGCGGGAGGGGAUCGAUAGGCUACUGGAGGACUGUGCUUCCCACAUUUGUUCUGGUGGAGUCGGUGGUGAGUGCGUUGCCCCCUGCUACAAACAAUGUUCCCUCUGACCGGUGGCUAUUGCGUCGCAGUUCUGGGGAUUUGCUCCUGGGGGUUAGUAACCUUCUUGGAUGUUGCCUGUGGGAACCCCGUGGAGGACCAUGAUUAUUACCUGCAAGAGAUCAUUUCCCGGGAACGACUGUACCGCCCCGAGGAGCGUGGAAUCCCGGAGGUUCCCGUGGGGAGGCACCCUAAGCCUAAGGGGAGGGUGAAGAAAGGAAAAGAGAAACCCGCUGGGACGUUAGUUAAAAAUGGAAAUAAAAAAACUGUGAAAGAGAAGAAAUCCAACAGCAAAACACCAAACUUCAGUCAGGAAAACUACAAGGUGUCAGAAAAAAAGAUUGAGAAAUGCCCACCCCUGGGCUUGGAGACAUUACGUGUAAAUGAUGUUCAGCUUCAUGCAUCCACCAUCAAGCGUUAUGGUUUGGGGGCUCACAGAGGACGGUUGAAUAUCCAGGCUGGCAUCUUUGAAGAUGAUUUCUAUGAUGGGGCUUGGUGUGCUGGCAGGAACGAUUAUUCACAGUGGUUUGAACUGGAUGCCAGAAGACUAACUAAAUUCACUGGUGUUAUAACACAGGGAAGAAAUUCACUUUGGUCGAGUGACUGGGUGACAUCAUACAGUGUUUUGUUGAGCAAUGACAGCUAUAGUUGGGUCACUGUUAAGAAUGGAUCAGAUGAUAUGAUAUUUCCAGCGAAUCAAGAGAAAGAGAUUCCUGUACUGAACGAGUUCCCUGCUCCAAUAGUUGCUCGUUUUAUUAGGAUAAAUCCUCGUAGUUGGCGCAAGAAUGGAGACAUCUGUAUGAGAGUGGAGAUCCUAGGCUGUCCCAUGCCAGAUCCUAAUAAUUACUACCACAGGCGGAAUGAAGUCACUACAACAGAUGAGCUUGAUUUCAAACAUCACAAUUACAAGGAAAUGAGACAGAUGAUGAAGAUAGUUAAUGAGCAGUGUCCAAACAUCACCAGGAUCUACAACAUUGGCAAGAGCUAUCAAGGAAUGAAACUGUAUGCCAUUGAAAUCUCUGAUAAUCCAGGAGAGCAUGAAGUUGGUGAGCCUGAAUUCCGUUACUCUGCAGGAGCUCAUGGCAAUGAAGUGCUCGGGCGUGAGCUGCUCCUCUUACUGAUGCAGUUCAUGUGCCAUGCCUACCUAGCAGGAAAUCCACGAAUCAAGCACCUGGUUGAGGAGACGAGGAUUCAUCUGUUACCUUCUAUUAAUCCUGAUGGUUAUGAAAAAUCUUUUGAGAUGGGUUCAGAAUUGGCAGGAUGGUCUUUGGGACGUUGGACUCAUGAUGGUAUCGACAUCAAUCACAACUUUCCUGAUCUCAAUUCUGUCUUUUGGCAAGCUGAAGAACGCAGAUGGGGGUAUAAGAAAGUAAACAAUCACCAUCUACCACUCCCUGAGUGGUAUUUAUACAAAAACGCCACUGUUGCAGCUGAAACACGAGCAGUGAUUGCCUGGAUGGAGAAGUUUCCGUUUGUGCUGGGUGGAAAUGUACAAGGAGGGGAACUGGUGGUGACUUAUCCGUUUGACAUGACGAGGUACAGCACGAAAGUUCACGAGUAUACCGCCACGCCAGAUGAUCAUGUCUUCCGGUGGCUGGCGUUCUCUUAUGCCUCCACGCACCGUCUCAUGACAGACGCCAAUAGAAGGGUAUGUCACACAGAUGAUUUUGCCAAGGAAGAUGGAACCAUAAAUGGGGCAUCGUGGCAUACAGUAGCAGGAAGUAUGAAUGACUUCAGCUAUCUGCACACAAACUGCUUUGAAGUAUCUAUGUACGUGGGCUGUGACAAAUUCCCUCAUGAGAGCGAACUACCAGAGCAGUGGGAAAACAACCGAGAAUCCCUUCUUGUUUUCAUGGAACAGGUUCAUCGGGGUAUCAAAGGUUUAGUGCAAGAUAAACACGGAAGAGGAAUUCCAAAUGCUGUGAUAUCAGUUGAAGGCAUAAAUCAUGAUGUUACAACAGCUGCUGACGGGGACUAUUGGCGACUCUUAAAUCCAGGCGAAUACAAGGUCACGGCCAAGGCUGAAGGUUACUCGAGUGCAACCCGAAGCUGUGAGGUGGGAUAUGACAUGGGAGCAACGCCGUGUCACUUUGUUUUGGCCCGGACAAACCUGUCAAGAAUUAAAGAGAUAAUGGAGAAAUUUGGAAAGCAGCCAAUUAAUCUGUCACUUAAACGAUUAAGACGAGUUCGGCACAGACGUCGCCAGUUGUAGGAACACCUCCCAUGGAAAUCCUGACCAAUACAGACUUCUCUAUAUUGUUACAUUGCGAGAUGUUUUAUACAAAAUAAUGCAUUCUUUUAAAGUACAAGAUGCAAUCGAUAUUUGUAUUACCUGUGACUGCAGCAUUCAUAGAACAUAUGCAACUUUUACAUUAUUCAGCACUUUCCAGCAUGAUAUACCACACAAGACCACACUUACAUAGGACAUUUGAACUAUUAUUGUUUGGAAACACUAGCCCCCUCUAACAGAGACUAUAUUGGUUUAAUUCAUAUAUCACAGAAGUUUAUCCCUUUAGCUUUUCUCCAUAUAAAGUCAUUGAAAAGUACAGCCCCUUGGCUCAUCUAGUCUGUGCCAAGUCACUUAAACUCUUUACUCCCAUUGACCUGCACCAGGACCAUAGCCCUCCAUACCCUUCCCAUCCAUGUACCUAUCCAAACGUAUCUUACAUGUUGAAAUCCAGCUUGCUGCACCACUUGCGCUGACACUUGUUCCACACUCUCAUCACCCUCUGAGUGAAAAAGUUUCUCCUCUUAUUACCCUUGAGCAUUUCACCUUUCACCCUUAAUCCAUGACCUCUUGUAGUAGUCCCACCCAACUUCAGUGGAAAAAGCCUGCUUACAUUUACCUUAUCUAUACCCCUCUAAUCUUCUCUCAAUCUUCUACGCAUCAAGGAAUAAAAUUCUAAUCUAUCCAGUUUUUCCUUAUAAGUCAGGAACUACAGACACAGCAAAAAAACUUGUAAAUUUUCUCUGUACUCUUUCAACCUUAUUGACAUUUUUUCCUGUAGAUAGGUAACCAGAACUGUACACAAUACUCCAAAUUAGGCCUCACCAAUGUAUCAAUAUGUUGAAAGAGUUUAGUUUAUUACAGAGUUAUGAGCUGUACUAUAAAUAAAUAGGAAUAAACAUAAUAGACUUGCGAGGAAAGACCAGCUGACUCUGCAAGCCUAUUACAUUUGAUGGCAUAGUCAUCAUGGCUGAAUAUGUUCUCUGUGCCCUAACUCUGCCAAGGUCAUGCCAGAACCCACAUAACAUAAUCAAAACAAAAGUAGACACAGUAAAAUAAAAUUACUUUCCAGCUCACUCAGUUGAUGAAACUAAGCCGGGGUUUAGCAUGUACCAAAUACUAUCUGCAUGGAUACUUACUUGGUAUAUAGUUUUGAUUGUUCCAUUUAAUAUCAGAGAAUGUAUACAAUAUACAAGAAGACCAUCAAACACCCAGUGUGCUGGGGAAAAAAAAACAAAUCAUGCAAACAAUAAAAGUAAGCAGGUAUGUAAAAUUCACAAAAGUGAGACCACAAACGUGAAGCCAGUCAUCACUGCAGCCAGUUCCAGAGCCUGUCAAUUGCAGGCUACAUCUUUAGUUCUGUUUGAUUUGCUUGAUUUUGCAUUUAUCUAAAUUGAACACCAUUUGGCAAUCUGUAAGCCAGUCCUUGAGCACAUCGCGAUCUUUGAGAUUUCAUUGCUCUUUACUACAUGAUUCACUCUUGCUCAGAUUUUGGAGUAUCCACAUAUAUACUUUCCAUACUGUGCCCAGACCAUUAAUCAAAAGAACACCAUGUAACAGGUUUAAUACCAACCCUGGCUCUGCCACUAACAACAUAUCUGUGGACUGAACUGAAUUUGUUCAGUAGAAACCUUUGGCUGCAGCGCUGGAGCCAAUUCCUAAUUUGGUGCAAAUAGUUUUACUAAUGUAGUCAUGUGAAGCAGCUUAGGGAAGGCCAAGUAUACUUAAGACAGAAAAUGAUAGAUUUUUGAUUAGUCAGGGCAUGAAGGAUUAUGGUGAGAAGGCAGGAAACUGGGGCUGAGAAGAAAACAGAUUGGCCAUGAUGAAAACCAUAAAAUAUAGGAGCCGAAUCAGGCUAUUUAGCCCAUCGAGUCUGCUCUGCCAUUUCAUCAUGGCUGAUCCAUUUCUCUCUCAGCCCCAAUCUCCUGCCUUCUCCCCGUUAUCCCUUCAUGCCCUGACCAAUCAAGCAUCUAUCAACCUCUGCCUUAAAUAUACCCUAAGACUUAGUUUCCACAGCUGCCUGUGGCAACAAAUUCCAUAGACUCACCACUCUCUGGUGAAAGAAAUUCCUCCCCAUUCUAAAUGAUCGUCCUCUAUUCUGUGGCUGUGUCCUCUUGUCUUAGACUCCCCCGCCAUAGGAAGCAUUCUCUCCGCAUCUACUCUGUCGAGGCCUUUCAAUGUGAUUUCCCCUCCCCUCCCAUUCUCAUCACUUCCAGCAAGUAAAGGCCCAGAGCCAUCAAACACUCCUCAUACGAUAAGCCUUCCAAUCCUGGAUAUCGUCUGGUUCUUGACUAUUUUUUGCAAAGAUGCCUCCAUGCAAGCCUAAGCUCAAGCGCAGGGAAUGGUUAAGCAAUCAAACAUUUAAACAAAAUGAGGAAAAAUAUCAUGUAUUAAACAUUUAGGUCUGCCCAACAAACUUACCGACAAAUUACCAGAUUUUUUUUUUUGGUGUGAUGCUUUUCUGUAGGAGCUGCAACAUUAUAGAAUUAUUCACUGAAAUUGUUAAAGUCCUGUGAACACUUCAGUUAUAUAUUUUGGUAAUAAUAUCAAAGUACUCUUAUACAAAUAUAUUUUGUUUAGUUCUGGCUGCAGAUAUCAGCGAUCUAGACCUGUUUCAUUGCCAUACGUUCUCAGGUCACAUAGCAGAACUCCAUUUCACUGGAGAAAUUUCACACGUUCUUCAAAUUGCUGCCAACAAUGCAAUUAGAAAUCUGUUUUGAUCCAUCAUUCUCGUAAUAAAUUCUGAAAGAGUACAGAGAAUUGCAGUAAAUGCCCAAAUAAAGGAAGCAUUCAUUUUCUGUAAACAUAAUUCUUCAGGACCUAAUUGACCAGCCGACCUACAGCUGCUCACAAAUUGCAAUAUAAAUUCUAUCUCAGAUGCCCUAACACUAAAUUGUGAUGAUCUGUGUAAUAUGUGAAAAGCCAGCAGCAAAUACAUAAACAAUAUAUGGUUUGCAAAAUAUGAAGUAUGCAAUAAUUUAAAGAGUUAUGUACCACAUUAUUUUAAUCUAUCUAAUCAUCGUCUUUAUUGGUUCUGACAACAUGCCAAAUUCCAAGCUCUAAUUGCUUUCAGCCAAAAGCAAUUGGGCAGACAAAUAUGUCUCUAGUCAGCAUUUCUAGUUGUACCAACUCUGUGCAUGAAGUCAAUUGAAGCAUUGGAUGGGGGACGUGAAGAACCAAGUGGUGCCCAUUGGUGCUCCAACCAUUGAAACCGAACGGAAAAAAUUCUCGCUUUUCAAAAUAGAGACUAUUAUCACCGAAUGAAUCUGUGCUGCAAUAAAUGUCAGAAAAUUGGAACAAUGGAGUACGUCAUGAAAUAAUCACAGAGGUUAAGUUUAACUUUUAGUUUGAACCACAGAAAAGCUUUUAGACCAUAAGUUGAUAAGAUAUAGGAGCAAAAUUAGGCCAUUUGGUCUGUCAAGUCUGCUCCACCCUUUCAUCAUGGCUGAUCCAUUUUCUCUCUCGGACCCAAUUUUAUGCCUUCUCCUUAUAAUCCUUCAUGCCCUGACUAAUCAGGAAUCUAUCAACUUCUGCCUUAAAUAUACCCAGUGACAUGGCCUCAACAGCAGCCCAUGACAGCAAAUUCCACAGAUUCACCAUUCUUGAGCUCAAGACGUGCCUCUAUUUUGAGACUGUGUCCUCUGGUGUAAGCUUCCUUUUCACAGGAAACAUCCUCUCCACAUCUACUCUAUCGAGGCCUAUCAAUAUUCAAUAGGUUUUGAUGAGGUCACCCCUCAUUCUUCUGAAUUUCAGUGAACAAAGCCCGGGGCCGUCAACCACUUUUCAUUAAAAAGCUUUUGACUGACUGAUGCAUCCACUGUGCUCAUGCUGAAAUAAUCUCCGUGGAGAAUAAUUGUUGUGCAUUUAUUUCUUAUUCGGUUUCAUCAGUGUACUGACAAGUGUUUUGGGACUGGAAUCCCCUUUUAACUGACCUAACACAGACAGCGAGCUCUGUUAAUGCUGAGACUCACCUGAUGCAAGGCUAUUCAUUAUUGAGUCGCAUACCCACUUCCUGUACCUCACCAUUGCUGGAUUCCAGCACAGAUGUUCCACCCUUUUCUAUCAGGCACUGAAUGAUCCAGCAGGCUGUCCUUAUAACGAGAGUGCUUAAAAGUGAUUGAGUAUUAUUUAGUUUUAAUUAAUGUUCUUCUAAAGAGCAGGGUAUUAUAUUCCAAGCCCCACAGGCAGUACCUCCACCCUGAUUCCAAUCGCCAUAUGAUUCAAAUUUCCUUCAGGCCCAGUCACUCAUUGACUUAGGAUGUGAACCAACAAUUGUUCAGUGCACUGAUCUGAUAACUCUCAGUGUGUGGGCAACGUUACCUUUGCUACACUUAAAGUAUUCAAAUUGUUCUGUGCACCAAAAGUCGCCCAUGUUGAGAAGGAAUGAAAUUAAAUUUAAGCUAAGAAAUUCUGAAGUAAACUGGUGAACUGGUUGUGUCUCAAGCCCAAAUGGAAGUUAUUUCGUCUCUAUCAAUCAUAUCAAUUAUGCUGCCAGUUUGGUUUGAAAUUAGAAAACACUUUCUGAUUACUAAAUGAAAUAUUUGGAACAUUUUAUUUCCUUGAUGAUCUAGUUUUAUUUUACACGUGCUAUUUUGAGAAGAGUAGCUGUUUUUAAAAUGUAAUUCUUCCACCAAUGUUCUCCCUCCAAUCUAAUACUUCUAAAUCUACUUGUCCCCUUUCCACUCUCUUUUCCUUAACCGGAAAUUCUUUCCACUGUCGCUUCAAUCUUUAAUUA